AUGGCAGUUAGGUAUUCACUACUCCAAGAAUCCGCAAUGGCAUCGAUCUCCGGUCGACCAAAGCGAGCCGGGGAAGACUUUAUCCCCACAAACCAUAACAACGCUGAUUCUGAUGAGAACGGGCCGACAUCUUCAAAAAGAGUUCGGUUUGACCCUCGAAAUCCGUCCGCAUUAGCCCCAGACGCCUUAGAGGAGGACGCGGUCCUGGAUGCCGACGAAAUUGGUCAUCGAGGACGCCGAGUGCGGCGUAACGCAGUCAACAUUGAGGGCUAUGAUUCUGACAGUGACAAUGGGGGGUUUGAUGCCCGCGUAGAGGCUAAAUCUAGAGCUAAUAUGAAAAAUGCCUCUGGAGAUACAGAUGAUAUGUUCGCAGAGUUAGAAGAGGACUUUGCUACUGGUAGAUCAGACGAUGUUACAACCCCGGGUAACAAGAAGCAAGUCCGUUUCCUACAGGAUGAUGAGAUUGAGGGACAGGUACAUGAUUCUCGCGCCGGGGGAACUGUUACUCUUGAUCUGGAUAGUCACGGCAAAAUGAUUCAAGUGUCACUAGGUGAGGAAGGAGAGAGUGAAAGCGAAGUCGACGAACAAGAACGCGCCAGGGUCGGGUCAGACAUGCCUUCAAUAUGCGAGCGGAGCAGGAGGGAGGGGCGCUUUGACGAGGCCGGAAACUUUGUUCGCAAAGCUGCAGAUCCAGAUGCUAUUCAUGAUACCUGGCUGGAAGGACAGAAGCCUAAGUGGCAGAACAGAAAUAGAAACCGACAGAGGGGUAGCAAGAACGGCACGGAAGAUGAAGAAAUGGGCGAAGAUGAUCCAGCUGAAAUAGCUCGCAAGCGUGUUAUCGAGGAUGUCACUGGGGCUGCAGAUAUCCUGCUCAGCCGUGGCCAGUCCGAGAUAUAUGACACCGAACGAGAGCUAUUAAUGAGGCAAUACAAGCGAGAAACAGGGGAAGACUGGGUGGACUCCGCGCGAGCGGAAGAUGCUCCAUCGAAAAUAGAGACAGAUGCGUCUCCGCUGUGGGAAUAUCGCUGGUCCGAUUUACGUGAUGGAGGAGCGGCUCAUGGUCCCUAUGAUGGUGCUAUGAUGGAGUCUUGGCAUGCGGCUGGCUAUUUUGGCGAAGGCGUUGAAUUUCGGAAAGUUGGUACGACUGGAGAGUGGAGCUCCAGAGCAAGUUUUACGUGAUAUAUUGAUUGCUUAUCGAUUUCAUUUGACGAAA